AUGGCGGUGGACAUGAGGCAGUCAAAGUUUGCUUGGUUUCUGUUGGCGUCAACUGUUUUGCAAUUAAUUCUGCAUUCAGCGGCAAAUGAAGUCUACAUCACUUAUGAUUCUGGCACAAAGAAGUUUGUGAUCAAUCAUCAAUCUGUUUCCAAUUGGGUAGCUUACGGGAAUUUCACAAACAAAAUAGAUCAAACGGGAUGGAGCUUUUUGGACAUUGUCACAGAAGAAAGCUUUGAUGAUCACAUUCAAGCCUAUGCUGCUGGUCUGGCAGAGGGCUUUUUGACCUCUGACCUCAUCACAUUAAACUGGGAGAACACGGUGAAGGGCUACUGUCAGACUCCUCUGUCACCAUACUGUACGAGGCUUCAAACUUUCCUGCAAACCAACUUGAAAUGGAUGUACUCUCAGAUUGAACAGUUGGCAGAUAAUAACCCCCUCUGGCACCAGGUGAUGUUACUGUUGAUUCAGUUAAAUGCUCUUCAUGAUGGUUAUGUGGGAAUUUCUUCUGAGCCGUCUUAUGUCAUCAAGGAUCCAUUUGGCUUUCUAAUGUUUCAAAUCGGAGGAGAUUUAGAAGACUUGGAAUCAGCUUUGAACAAAGAAGAUCGUGACCGUGUGCAUGGUUCGGGGUCGUGCUCAGCGCUCAUUAAAUUACUCCCUGACAACGCCGAUCUCUAUGUGUCACAUGACACUUGGAGUGGUUUCGAGACGAUGUUGAGGAUUUUGAAGAAAUACGACUUUGGAUUUCACAUGAUUCCACAGUCAGAUGUAAUCCCUGGGCGUGCUGUUUCAUUUUCAUCCUAUCCUGGUGUGUUGUAUUCAGGCGAUGACUUCUACAUUCUGUCUUCUGGUUUAGUUACCAUGGAAACAACAAUUGGGAAUGGCAACCCUGACCUGUGGAAGAAGGUAAAGCCAACAGGACAGAUUCUGGAAGGGAUUCGGACUAUUUACGCCAACCGGAUGGCUGAAACUGGAUUAGGAUGGUCGUCGUUGUUUCAGAUGCAUAACAGUGGAACUUACAACAAUGAAUGGAUGGUAAUUGACUACAAACAGUUCACACCAAACAAGCCAUUGCCCAAAUAUGGAGUACUGGUGGUUCUAGAACAGCUUCCUGGCUUUGUAAAAUACGAUGACCUAACGUGGCUUUUGGCAAACCAGUCAUACUUCCCAAGCUACAACAUUCCAUAUUUCCAAGAGGUGUUUAACAUGAGUGGGGGUCAGGGUUCCGUGGAGAAAUUUGGGGACUGGUUCUCGUACGAUCAUGCCCCCAGGGCUAACAUCUUCAGGAGAGACCACCACAGUGUAAUUGACAUAUCAUCUAUGGUCAAACUGAUGAGGUACAAUGAUUUCCAGCAUGACCCAUUCGCUCGCUGCAAUUGCACACCCCCGUACAGCGGUGAGAAUGCCAUCUCUGCCCGAAGUGACCUCAACCCUGCAGACGGCAAGUACCCGUUCUCAGCUCUGGGUCAGAGGUUACAUGGAGGCACUGAUAUGAAGAUGACCAGCUAUGGGAUGUACAAGAGCCUCAGUUUCCUUGCCAUCAGCGGGCCCACAUUCGACCAACAGCCGCCUUUCCAGUGGAGUACAUCGCCUUUUGCCAACAAAUCACAUUUAGGAAUCCCAGAUUUAAUGAAGUUCGAACCCCAGAUGGUGUCAUGGAUGCCACGAGAAAAGAAUUGAUCCCUUCAAUGCUGUUUAUAUUCACAUAUCUGACAAAUUUAUUUAUUUAUUUGUUUGAUUGGUGUUUUACGCUGUCUUGGGAUACUAAUGCCAAUUGCUGCUGAUGGCCUGUGUGUAAGAGACAGGAUUAAAACACUCAUAUACAUGUAUAUUACACUAUUUGUCUUGUUUUCAUCAGCAGUAAGGGUAAGGAAGACUCACAAGUUAAGGCAUUCACAGCUGCUGAAAAUGGUGAAAAGAAAAGUUUUCUUUUACCUUUGAAGAAUUUUGGCAUGGAAUUAACUAGUAAAAUUUUCUUUGCUGGCUUGUAUGGCCAGCGCUGAGAUUGUAAGACCUUAUAACAAGUACAGUUAACUGGUACUAUUCUUCACCUUUAAUACACACUGCUAAUAAAGCCCCAGAAGUUUUGGUUGGUAUGCUUCCUUUGAUAAAAUCCAUGACACAAAACAGGAGCCCAUUUGAAUUUAAUACCAGAAAGAUUUUGGUAAUCAUCGUUGGUUUGUAUAGGUGGUUCUGUGAAAUGUACACUAGGAACCAAUUCGGAUAGAUGUUCUCCAUUUUAUCAUACAAGUUAUCAUACAAAUGUGUCAAAAUACUCCUAAAAAUCUGCAAAAAGUGCAUUAAUUUAUGCACUAAACUGCUGUUCAGUGCUUCUUAAAGUGUAGUGGAUACAGAUGUUAGUGAUGUGAAACAUGAAAUUGUGUCAUUUUUAUUCAUAACAAAUGCAAAAUCAAAUUUAAGACAUCCUGGUAAUCCUUAAAAAAUAAAAAUGACAAGAACAUUUUUUUAUGUAUAUUUGAAAAUGUUUUUGUCGAUAGAAAUGUACGUUGUUGUUGGAGAACAAUACAUGAAUGUGAUCGUGAUGUUUUUGAAGUAACCAUUUACUUAAAGUUUCCAUACAGUACAAAUAAAUGUACCUUAUAAAGAGCUUGUGCCUUCGUAGUCUUAGAAGUAUGUUCUCCGAGAAUGUAUAUACAGCACGAAAUAUUUCUGAUUUCUGUUCCAGCUUAUAUUUUCUAGGCUUAAAACAUUAAUCUGAUAUUAAAAAGUGUAGAGGUACAGGUGUAAAUAUGCUAAUCACAAUAUAUUUUUAUUGAAUGUUAAACUUUGUAUAUUCCAUCAUGCUCAAGAGAUUUGAUACAACAGUUUUGUAACUAUUUUUAUCUUGUCAAUACAAAAUCAUUCAGACGUGUACAGAUGCUUUUAAAAUGUCACAAAUAAACCAUUCAGCAGGUGAAUGCUGUAUUUGUGUCAUGGUUUCAACCUUUAAGGGGAGUAAGGAUUAAUGGGUUUUUUUUUUGGUUUCGGUUUCCACAUUGCAGAUAAAUAAUCCAUCUUAUGUGUUAAGCCUACGUUUAUUGACUUGGUUACACGAGAAUAUUUCACACACGUGAGGAGGUUGUCAGUUUUGUGGGUGUCAGAAAUGUGGCCUUUUAACUCAAAUUACUCAGCUAGUAAAAUACUGACAUCUGAAUGGGUGGUUAAAAUUUCUUGUUUUAAAAGGAUUCCAUUUAUGUGACAGGGAGAUUAUUUUUUUCUUGACAGAUCUCCUGCCACUGGUAGAGACUUGACACCUCCCUGGUAACACAUCACAGUCUCUUCUUAAUAUACAUUUGCUUAUCUGACUCUUGUUUAUAAACACCACUCUCAAUUUUCUCUGGUAAGUUGGUAGUGUAAUGGGCAUGAUGGAUGCACCAUGGAGGAAGCUACUGACAAACUUCCCCAAGUGUGGCGUACAUACAUGCAGAGCAUAUUGCUACAAACGGUCACUCCAUUGUCACUGACCCAUGAAUAGUGAGGUGUGAGAAACCCACAAAUUCCAUGUCAAAGGCCAGGAUUGAACAACAUCUUGUGUGUACUAACGAUUGAAAGACAAAAUGUGAAUUGUUCCUGUCCCA